GAAAGCUGACGAGCGGUUCCUCUCAGCUACUAGUAUUUCCCUCGAUACUAUUCUCUCAUACGGCUGAAGGUUGAAGAGUAGUUUCUAUUUUAUACGUUAACCUGGAUAUUAUUUGAGUGUUCAUGUAGUGAAAUUUCCUCUCCGUUCUUCUCCUUUUAACAGACCGACGUAAAAUCAACAUAGAUGACGUUGUGCUAGCGGUAAAUCAGCAUUUUGCCUCAAGAUGAAGGUUCUGUGUGCCCUGGUUUCCCUGCUCGUCAUCUCGGGAGGCGGGAACAGCGCACCGACCGGUGCUCCAGACCAAGACAAACUGGAAAACGAGCUCUUAGUAGAUAACACCAAAGAUGAAGGCCCGCAUAUUAUGUUACCAGACUUGCCAAAGCCAGGCGAUGGGGAUCUGAUACCCCCAUUUGUAGCAGCAGAAUAUUUGGCAAACAAGAACGAACGGAGAGAAGAAGAAGGUGAAGAGCACAAGCAGGAGGAUCUAUCCUACGUAUCCAUAACCAACGAUGUCGAUAAUUCGGAAUACGCGAUGUCGUACCCCUCGUGGUUGCCGGAUGGAUAUUUUACAAGCAUCAACGACGUGGAUGAAGAAAAUACUGAGGAAGACAUCCUGGCUGACAUUGAAACUGCACUGGUGAAUGAGAAACUUGAGCCACUGUACAGCUCCAUUUCACAUUUGAAGUCGCUUCUUCACCAGUUGCGGGAGAAGGCGACCGACGAAUUGGAGGACAUCGACGAGUCGGUGUCUGGGGAGGAGAGUUUUUAUUCAACUACAGGAGAAUCCUACGAUGUAUCAGCCGUGGAGGGUGACGAUGACCACUUAGACGUAAUGGUCGAGAACAAAUUCGGCGCUGUUUCAGAAGAUAGACAGCGCUUCGCGGGUCAACUUACACAAGGUAACCAAGAAGUGCCAAAGAAUAGCUCAAAGGCCACACCUAAGAACAAUGCAGUUGAGUCGGCAAUGAACAACGUUCCCGAGAAACAUAGGGAGGCAAUUCAUAUUAAGCCUAGCCGACGUUUCAAGAGAGACUUGGGGUGGGGGCGGCGAGGUAAACCAAUGUAUGAAAACCUGGCAGAGGCCGAAGUUGAUGCCGAAAUAUCCUCUGUUUUCGCAGACGAGGUCGUCGAUGGCGACUCUGAGCUGGACACCUCAUGGACUAGUUCUUCUGAGGCAGGGGAAUCCGUGCUUGAAUUUAACGACCUUGGAAGGAAACCCCUGAGACCUCAGGAGAGGAAACAAAUUGACCCUAGGGAAGAAACGAAUUGGAGGAACGUCUUUCUGAAUCUGCGUGGUAGUCUUCGAGCACCCUUACAGAGGUUGGACAGGAGACGGAGAAAUAAAGAAGAUCUCAGAGCAUUCAUCAACAGUAUGCCCACUUUGGAAGGUCUGCGGAAACGCACAUUGGCCGUCAAUGAGGACCCGGAAGAGGAGUUCGAAAUACCCGAUCCGGGAUCGUUCUACCCGCAGCCCCCGAAUCUUCCACCACCAGACAACGUAAUCCGGCCAGAACUACCACCCGAUGAUACGUUGCCAUGGGAACUGCCUGCAGACUUCGAUCAAGACAAUGGUCUCCUGGAGGAGCAGACCAACGGGGUCGACAUGAUGAACCACUUUAACAAGCGCUAUCAGUACCUCAAGGAUGUCGAGCGUUCCAUCAUGGAUGAAUCUCUAGAGGACCUAGCCCUCGAGCUCGCCGGGAGGGGCCCACUGAGAUCCAACGAAGCUCUCAGGGUGCGAAGAGUCAUGCAGAUCCCACCACCUCCCCCGUUCGGCAGGAAGGUAGUGAAGUCACUCUACAGGAAGAAGGCCUAUGGGUUUCCCUUCAUGGAAGACGAGUUCGCCGAUGAGAUUAUCCCGAACUCGUGGGAAUCGGGCGGAGAGAGCUUCGACCUACCCUACAAUGGCUUCGAUCCGCAAGACCUCCUGGAACCACAAUCCUUGGGAGAAUAUCUACAGUUCGGUCGGAUGGAGGGUCCAAACGAGGGCUCGGACAAGGUAUCCCGGCUCCUGUCUGCGAUCAAGACCAAGGAAGCCAAGGACAACAUCCUGCAGCAUCUGCUGAACAUCAGGGACGCAUCUCCAAAGCUCCAGAGAGAAAUCCUGCUACAGGCAUUAAUGGCUGAAGCCGAAACGGGUGAUGGCGGAGGGAACGACGUCCUCGGCUAUGAGGAUCAGCAGUCGGAUUCGGGUGAGGACACGCAAUGGGGCAGUUUUAAAUCCGAUGAAGAAACGGAAGAUGAGGAAAGGGAGGCGACAUUGGACGAACAGACCGACAAGGAAUCGAACCAUCCUGCUGAAAACAACGCCGCCUCGGUAAACCCCAUCGAAGAGGGUGGCUGGAAGAGUUAUGUCGCAGGAGAAGAUCAGGUUGCAAACGAAGCCGAAUAUUUUUCAGAGGCAUCGGAAUCAGAAGCAUCGGUUCCGGACUGGGAGGAUAUCCCAGAUGAACUUCAAUCAAACGUAAGUGAUUCCACAACUCUUUGAAGAGAUGAAACAACAAAUUUUGAUCCAAAAACUUGCCGAAUUUUUACAACGUGCCGCUAGCAAAGAAAACCGAAGAAUAUAGGUACACACAUUCUUUCAAAUUAUAAUUAUUUAUAGAUACCGUUAUUUUAUCAUUUUUAAGAUGGUGUCCAACAGUUGGGUUUUCAAGCUAUUGGAGAGUGCGCCAACACAAUACGUAUAAUAGUUUCUUGAAAGAGUUGAAAGAGCUCAUAUUGAUAGAAAUAACAACUUUAUUUCUUGGUUUGAAUUAUCUUGGACUCAGAGUGAACAUAUUAAAAAAUAUAACUACCAUUUGACACAACCAUGAUUAAACCGCCUCUUAAAGUUUGAUAUUAUGUAAAGUAAAUUUAGAUCAGUUUCUUGAAAAAUCUAUUGGAUAACAUUUAUUGCGAGUAACUUUUCAAUUUUCAUUUUCAUUUUGAUUUUUUUUUUUGGAUUUAAAAAAAAAAAGAAGCUUAAUUGUGUUUUUCAAGUGGACUUAAAAAACGCAGUUUAUUUUCCUUCAAACCGGGCAAAAUGUCGCUGGGUGUUUAUUUAUUUGUGUAUGUAACAUUAGAGUAAUUGUGUAUCAUCUCAUUUCAAAUGUUAAAGUAGCCCUGGGUGAGGAGGGGGAGGGGGCAGGAAGCGCAAGAGAAAAAUAUCGACGAGGGAAGGGCUGACUCCUCUUACCCGAAAAUGAACUUCAGUUUCUAAAAUGUUGGGAACAAACACGAAUUCGGGAUCUUAAUGAAAGUAAAAAUGUUAUGUUGUCAUCAUAAUGAAAAUACUAGUAUUAAAGAUAACAGACAAAUAGAUUGUUUCGAAUGCACAGCCUCGCUGCAGCGGAUAGGGCAUAGGGCAUAUCAUUUAACGGUUGCCCAAAAUUCGUAUCCCGGCUAUUGGAAAUUUAUCGCGGGUCAGCUCAGUUCGGACGCCUAUUUGUACGUACCCCAAUAUAUUUCUUUCAAAGUGACCUCGCUGAACCCCUGACAAAUUUCCUGGCUACACCACUACGUUGAAAUAUAAAACUUCCAAGGCCGUUUUUGAGAGUUUCUCCAUGAAAUGGACAACCAAGGAUCAGUUAAUAAUUAGUCCCCAACUAUAGAUAUACCUCAAGACAAAUGAAAGUUGUCAUGCCCUCAUAGAGUUUACAAGAAGAAUUAUUCUAAUAAAUUAUCAUCAUGACAAAAAUUGUCAUCUUUUGAAUUUUAAUUUCCUGAGCAUUCAAAUGUUCAAAAGCUCUAGUAUUCCACUUCGUCUUCAGAUUCUUACCACUUUCAUCAUCUUGUCAAUCAUGCGCCGCUGAUGUGAUCCUUUCCCAACUUUUGCGAUGAUAUUACUUUUUCCAUUAUCUUUUUUAUUUUCGUGUGAGGGAAAUUGGUGUUAUUGCUGAUAAGCGAAGUUUAUCCCAUCAUCGACAAAUUGUUGUGUCAUUCAUGAAUGUGUAAAUAAUCAAAACGUAUUUUAUGAAUACAAUGACAUUGAAUUGUAAUGCCUUUAUCAUUCGAAGUCAAAACUAAUAUCGGACGGUGUCAGUGCAUAUCUCUCUCAUAUACAUAUUUCAUCUCUGAGUUAAAAAGCUUGAUUUUAAGUUGGUACUGUUCUACAUGAAACUAUAGGCCUUACAUUUCACUCUGCAUUGUAAAACGUUCUUUGUAGAAUACUCUGAUGAUGAUCAAUUACUCAUCUCAGCCUAAAUUAAGGUGGAUAACAUGAUCAGAGACAUUUUAGAAGGGAAGUUGGAUGGUAAAUGUGGAAGUGGAAGACCAAGAAUUAGAAUAGUGUCGGACUUGAUAUGUGACAGACAUAAUAGAGUAUCGAAGGGUGACGUCAAAUUGGCCAAGUUGUCAAGGUUGCUGGUUCCAAACAAUUUUGUGCUAAAACAAUGUGGCGAUCACACCACCCCAAUCACUGAAUUUGCCCUACUCUAGUCCGUUGCUUGAAUAAUUUCGCAGGGAACCUCAUGCGCAGGUUAGUUUAGAACCAGUAACAUGGAAGACGAGCGAAUAUGAAAUUAGCACUCGGUGCUCCAUGCCAGGAAGACAAAGGCUAAAAAUUGAGAGGGGUUGGGAAAGAACUUAAGAUGGCUCUUAUACGUGGUCCUGCAUGUCAUUCGCAUAAAACCUGAGAGAGAGGGAGAGAGAGAGAGAAAGAAAGAGAGAGAGAGAGAGAGAGAGAGAAAAGAGAGAGAGAGAGAGAGAGAGAGAGAGAGAGGGGGGGUCAACUCAUACUUAUUGAAAUAUCAAUUCGACAUUGUCAUGCCAUCUUGCCGAAAAUGUUCUUGAACCAUGUCUCUCUCAAUAAGCUUAUUAAGCUAUGAUGUAAGAUGCAGAGCGCCAUGAACGUCAGAAUCUGGCGAAUACUGACGCUUUAUUUAUGAGUAUCCAUUUUCCCAUAUAGGCGUCUAGCAAUUCUAUUUUGUAGUAGCUCUAUCCAGGGACACUUUCCCUGCUUCAUCGCAGCGACAUCAUUAACUUGUGCAAAUCAUGGGUAUUAAUGAAAUCAAUGAAAGACAGGUUUGCGACAGUAUUUAUCCAGCUGUCGAUUAUUUUGAUGUAAUAUGUGUUUUAAUCUUUUUGUGCAAUUUCAAACUAAUUCUAGUGUUGAUAAUUAUAGAGAAAAUAUUGUUUUGUGGAAAUGUAUGUUGUGCAAUAUGUGACUUAUUCAUGUUCACAGAUAGAUUAUAAUUCAAAAUAUUAAAAGCUUUCUUCUUCUA